AUGUCUCAAUACAUUCAAUUGUUGGGGACGGAUACCCCAAAUAGUUUUGGUGGAUGCUGCUAUUAUGGACUCUUGGAUCACCCUGGCUUGCAGAGUGGCCCCGCAUUGCCUUAUCUACCCCCCUCGGGCUUUCCCGCCCCAGCUACUUACCAAAACCUACUACAACUCCCCCUGGAAGCUGUGAUGGCACGUUUUGGAGGAAGUCCCGAGCUGAAUUUCGAGGAUCACAGUUCCUUUCCCGCAGAAAAGAUGGAUUCGACUGACAAAAAUUCCUCGGGUAAAAAAUCCAUAGUGAGCGCGAGUGGUGGUGAGGGGUAUUUGUUCUUCAAUUGCCCCGAAGGAACCCAGCGCUUUAGCUCUGAAGCAAACAUUAAACUAACUAAAAUUAAAGGUUUCUUUUUCACACGAUGGGGCGGCCGACGCGAAGAAGCAGCGAGAACGGAGCCUCUAUUGCCGCAUUCCUCUGAAAAUCGAAACGAUGCCGAGGCUGAUGACGGUCAAUGCGGAUCUGAGAAGUCCGAGGAGAAAGGCAUCGCCCGCUGUGAAACUCCUAAUAGGCGGUGGGUGAGGCUCACUGACGCCGCGGCAUCAGCAGGCACCGCCGUGAUGGGACUUCCAGGCCUGCUUUUCACGAUCAACGACGCAGGGGUGCGGCAGGUGAAUGUGUUCGGCCCGAGUAGCGCGCAGCUUGCACUUCAGGAGUGGCUUUCCAAGCUCAAAGGCGGUGCUGCAGCGUUGCGCUUGAAGCCCGCAAUGGGUGACGCGUCUUCUAUGCGCGGGGAUCGAAUUCAUACGCCACGCUCCCACGGAAGAGCAACCCUUACACCCCUCACGGCUGGGCUCGAGCAAUUCCUCGCGGCUCUUCGUUUGAGCUACUUUUCCUACCGCCCGAUGGUCUUUCGCAUGCUAACUCCCACCUUUUCCCCCCUAUUAUCGGGGCUGAACACGGCGAUCCAAAAGAGCACCUUGGGGUUGGAAAAGGAGGAUCCUAAGGGGCUGCGUGCCGCAUAUUGUUCCCCAUCCCCAUCCACCCAGCCGAUCGUCCAAACCACAUCCAUCGCGAGGGAUGAAAUCUUUCUUUUACCUCCUUUUAUCCCGGAUUCCCCUACCUCCUCAGCCCAUAAGGAGCGAAGUGGGAGCGGACUCCAUGCGGAUGCGGAGCGGCCUUUCCUGGUGGCCGUUCUUCCGCUAAGCGCCCAGAGCGUUCUGAUCGCCUUUCGGGUAUCCGGCGGGGUUGCGCGAACCCCCUCCCACGACCGCCCCCCUUGUGAACCCGAAGACCCUUGGCGAGAAACGGCCUCGUCGAUAGACGCGACGGAAGGGGAGACGGCCUUUGCGAAAUUCCUUCCCGAUUUAUCCGAGAUGGUGUUGGGGUAUGCGAUUGUGAAUGCCCCGAUGCCCGCGUUUGAUGUGGGGCGGGCUCGCGGGAUGGGGGUGCGGCCGGGCCCGAAGUACGCGCAGCUUAAACAAGGGAUCGCGGUGUUCGCGGAUGACGGGGUCGGGGUGGCUGAUAGGAAACCUUCACGACUUUCACGGAGGGCAGGGGGCUUGGCGGCGGCUUCUUCGGAAGGGAUCUCCGCGCGGACGCCGGAGUGUGGCGCCGAGGCUGUGGGGGCGUUGAGCGCGGGUGAGGGCAGUCCAAUCAACCCCGACGCGGAUCCCGCCGUUGCUUCGUCAACCCAGCGUCCAAGCAGGGCGCGCGAGCCUCAGCCAGGGCAUCCCCCUCGUCUCGUUCAGCCUCAUGAGGUGACCGUGCCGACGAUCGCUAGUCGGCAUCUUUACGUUUCGUUGGUGUUGGAUGGCAACCACGCUACGGACGUUCGCGUUGCCUUGGAGCGGCUGCUUGGAAGUCGUUACGUGGAAAGAGGGGAGGGUGAAUUCACCAGAUCGAGGGAGGUCGAUAGGCAAACGGAGAGUCGGUUUCGCUAUGAGGAUGCGUCCGAAGACGAGGUCCGUCGGGGAUGCUUUGGGGAGUUGAUCCGAGUUCUACAUCAGUGGUUUCCAGGCUUCGCGUACGCCCCUUUGUCGGCUUCUUUAAACGACGAUACGUGUGGUAGCGUAGAGCGGCGCCAAUUGCGUACGGUGGUUAUCCGUCACGUGGUGCACGUCCAACCGCUUUCGUACUUCAAAGUAUUCAAUGCGGAACUUUAUAGUUCCGGAGAUCAUCCGCGGAGUUCCGAGGUCUCGGUGAAACUGACUACGCCUUCAUCGCUUGUGAACAACAACAUCUAUCACGCGUAUCUCAAUACGAUCUUUGAAACGGUUCACCCGUCGGUGAGGCGCUCCUGCCUUCCGAUGAUGUCCUUCACGAUGGCCGACCUCGUCGAAGGGGACCUUCGCGAAACGAACGACCACGACUCCGGCGCCGUAUGCGAGGAAUUCAACCCCAGCCAUCCUCAGAUCUCAAAGGAAUCUCCGGAUCCCCACACGGGUUCCCCAUCACGCCCGGAUCUCUUCACCAAACACCUUUUCACCGCCUUCGUUCAACAACACUUUACCGCCUUCCCCACCGCGUUGGUGCAUCGUUAUCAUCUGCGGGCGAUCGCGCCCGGUAGCUUUCCCGUUCCCACGAGGGAAACCCACCCUUUGGCAGGGGUGGCGGGCCCCUCCGCGGCGUGGGAGCCCACCUCGAGGCCGUUUUGGCCGUAUUCCUUCAAACUCGACGCGGUUCCUCCCCAUCAUGGGCGGCCUCUCGGCCUUUCAUCGUCCGCCUCGGCCUCUGAGGUGCCUCCGGCGAAGGCGAUCCCCGCCAAUGGCGGGGGGGCGCCGUACAUUCGCUACCCCGACGCCUCUUCCGCCCUCGCGCUGCUUUCCACGGAUUUUCACGCCUGCCUUCGUUGUGAGGAAGGAAGGGAGGGCCCUGCCUUUUCGAAAGGGGUUUUGACGGAUGGAGAGGAAGGGGGAGGAGGAGGAGGGGCUCUCGGAUUUCUCGGUACCGGCUCCGCCAUACCGAGCAAAUACCGCAACGUCAGCGGGACUUUCUUCGAGCUGGAGCUGCCCGCCUGUUGCUGGGGGGAGGCCUCGAACCCCACGACGGCGAUCGGCCACGGGAAUGAGAAUAGGAAUGAGAACGAGGAGGAGGGGGAGAGGGGGCUCGAAGGGGUUGGAAAGGGGGUAGCAAAACGCGCGUCGUCUGCCGCUGUCGCCUCGAAUGUGGAUCCGUUUCGGCCAAGACGGGGCGUUUGGAUUUUAGAUUUUGGAGAGGGGAGUGCAGGGCAGCUCGCACAGCUUUUUGCGCGCCGUCGUCAUCGCGUAGGGGAUUCACCCGAGGGGGAUUCGGAGGGAAUCGAGAGGUCGCUUGCCGCUCCAGCGUUCGCUUCCGACUCGACGGAAUUCGAGGAGGACGAUGCCGAGCUUGCUCGCUUUGUGCUGGAUGUCGAGGUUGUUUUCAUAUCCCACGGGCACGCCGAUCAUCACCUCGGUUUGCUUUCCUUUCUUUCCCUUCGACAUUACUACCUCGAGUAUCAAAAGGGGAUGAAGCAGGAACGGCAAUCCCAGAGCACCCUGCACGCGUGUUAUCCCUUCAUGGAAAGGGAGCCGAGGAAACUUCUCGUCGUGCUGCCAGGGGAGGUGUAUGAGUUUAUGAAGUUCGCGUGGUUCGAUCUCUGGCCCUACCAGACGUGGAUCGAGGAGGAGUGUGAGUUUGAUAUCAUUCCACCGAUCGAGGAUGGGGAGAGUUUCAAUACCGUAGCGGCGUUUGGAGAUGCACUGGGGAAUGCCGCGGGGGGUCUCGAUCAUCCACCUAUUUUCACAACGCAAGAUCGCGUUGAAAUGGCUAAAGCCGCAACCCUAAACGAUAAGGCGGGAGGAAUCAAAAUUUCUCACUCGCAAGGGGGUGACUUCCAAGCGUCGUCGUCAACGGGUGGGGUGACCUGCCCGCCGCGUCUACAAGCGUUGCUCAGGCGUUGGAAUGCGGCGAUGGAUUCCCAUUUCCAACCACUAAACGUGGAGGAAGAAAACGAAGAGAGAGGGCGGUGGGAAGCGCAGGUGCUCAAAGUCGACCACCCUGCCAACGCUCACGCGCUGUUGCUACGCUUUCCAUCGGCCUCGAUGCAGGGUGGAAGGCGAGGCGUGGAGACCUCGCGAGUUCUGCUUUUCUCAGGGGAUACUCGACCCUGCCCGUUUCUCGUGGAUCGCUGCCGUGCCUUCUGCGCGCGCUCCACCCCUUCCUCAGGUCGGAUCGCGGAUAUUUCGAAAAACGUCGACGAUAACCCCUUACCCGCGGGUUCUCUUCCACCGUUAGGUGCUCCGUUUGAUGUUGAUGCCCGUGAGGGGAGGGUGGAAGGCCCUUUUAUCUGCCUUCACGAGGCCACCUUCGGGCCCGGCUUUGAGGCUGAGGCGAUCAGCAAAAAACACUCCACCCUGCCGGAGGCGUUGGAUAUCGGGGCGCAGACCGCGAGCGAGUUCGUCGUAUUAAAUCACUUCUCCCAACGCUACCCGAAGCUACCGGGGUUGACGGAGGCGCAUUUCAAAGAAGGCACCACGGAUGUGCGGUUGAAACGAAGCCGUCCGAGGGGCUCCGUCGAUCCCUUGACGAGCUCCCCGAUCGCAUCGGCGUCGCUUGGGGAGCCGCCGAAAGAAAUCCAACGGGGGGAUCGCGAUGGGGGCAGAGGCGGCCUCGCUGAGGUCGAGGAUUCCGCGCGUGGCAACGCCUCAUCUGCGGAGGAGUUUGACGAUCCCACGCAAGGGGUUUCAGGUGUGAAUGGAUUCCCGCAAGGGUUCCGACGAUGCGCGGUGCCGAACGUGUCUUUCGCGUUUGAUUUGAUGCGGCUGUCGUUUUCGGAUCUUCGCGCCGGAACGGUGGCGUCGCGUCUUCCGAUUUUUGUGCGGCUUUUGGAGGAAUACGAAUCCUGGGGGGUGGGGACCACCCAACGACUGCGGGAGCGGGCAUAA